CCGGGCGGGGGGCGCGGGGCGGGGCGCGGGCCGAGCUGCGGCCGCUCCGGACAUGUCGGGCCCUCGCGCCGGCUUCUACCGGCAGGAGCUGAACAAGACGGUGUGGGAGGUGCCGCAGCGGCUGCAGGGGCUGCGCCCGGUGGGCUCGGGCGCCUACGGCUCCGUCUGCUCAGCCUACGACACACAGUUGCGUCAGAGAGUGGCGGUGAAGAAGCUGGCGCGCCCCUUCCAGUCGCUGAUCCAUGCGCGGAGGACUUACCGCGAGCUGCGGCUGCUCAAACACCUGAAGCACGAAAAUGUCAUCGGGCUGCUGGACGUGUUCACGCCGGCCACCUCCAUCAAGGACUUCAGCGAAGUGUACCUGGUGACCACGCUGAUGGGCGCCGACCUGAACAACAUCGUCAAGUGUCAGGCGCUGAGCGACGAGCAUGUCCAGUUCCUCGUGUACCAGCUGUUGCGUGGGCUGAAGUACAUCCACUCGGCGGGGAUCAUCCACAGGGACCUGAAGCCCAGCAACGUGGCUGUGAACGAGGACUGCGAGCUGAGGAUCCUGGACUUUGGGCUCGCGCGUCAGGCUGACGAGGAAAUGACUGGCUAUGUGGCCACGCGCUGGUACCGUGCACCUGAAAUCAUGCUCAACUGGAUGCAUUACAACCAGACAGUGGACAUCUGGUCUGUGGGCUGCAUCAUGGCUGAGCUGCUCCAGGGAAAGGCCCUCUUCCCAGGAAACGACUACAUUGACCAGCUGAAGCGCAUCAUGGAGGUGGUGGGCACCCCCAGCCCUGAGGUUCUGGCAAAGAUAUCCUCGGAACAUGCCCGGACAUACAUCCAGUCCCUGCCCCCCAUGCCCCAGAAGGACCUCAGGAGCAUCUUCCACGGAGCCAACCCCCUGGCUGUGGACCUCCUGGGAAGGAUGCUGGUGCUAGACAGUGACCAGAGGGUCAGUGCGGCCGAGGCCCUGGCCCAUGCCUACUUCAGCCAGUACCACGACCCCGAGGAUGAACCUGAGGCUGAGCCCUACGAUGAAAGCGUCGAGGCCAAGGAGCGCACAGUGGAGGAGUGGAAGGAGCUCACCUACCAGGAGGUCCUCAGCUUCAAGCCCCCAGAACCACCGCAGCCUCUGGGCAGCCUGGAAGUUGAGCAGUGAGGAGAUGCUGCUCACCCACUACACUCCCAACUCCAAGAGGGGCCUGAGCCUGCCUGCCCACCUUCCUCAGCUGCCUGGUUCUCACAAGGGGUGCCUCCCAACACCUCUGCGGCCAGCAGCGCUGACCCCUCUCCCGGGAUCCCCCUGUCUCCACACCCACUCAUUAUGGGGAGUCUGCACGCUUGUGAACACCUGCAUGUGUGUGAGCCACGGAUGUAGGAGUCUGGGCAGAGCAUCCUGGAUCCCUUGGUUCUGCUACCCCUCCCAGCAUCCUGGGUCUCCUUUGGGACCUCACUCUGGUGGACCUGGGUGCCAUGAGAGCUCCCCCUGGGACUAUGUCAGUUUCCAGAGCUCCUCAGUCCCAGAGGGCUGCCUCUGGCGGGUGGUGCAUUGGGGCCAGAGCCUUCUGGAGAAAAAGGGAGGGGUCUUGGUGGUCACAGCUGCUCAGCCUAGAAGUGAGGGGCUCCCCUGGAAAGUGCUGGGACUCAAAGGAUCGUCCCUGUGGGUGGCAGGGCUGGGACAGCUACCUGGAGUCAUGCGUUCACCUGUGCUGCGUGUGACACAUGUGCACUCCUGGAAUUCAUGUGUCAAGGCAGGUGCAGGCAUGUGAAUCUGUGGGCACCUGAGGGUCAGUGCCAUGAUGGGCAGGAGGCCAAAGUUGGGGUGGCUGUACUAUUGCCUCUUCUCCCCCGGUACCUGAAGCGGGCCAGGGUGGAGGGCUCUGCUGAGAUUCUGCUGUGCAACUCGCCAGGGGCAACCGUGUGAACAAAGCCCCCUUUCUCCUUGGGUGUGGGAGCAGCGGCAGGUUUCUAAGACAUGAAGGUCCCAUGCCAGCCAGAGGGCUGGCAGGCAUAGGGGGGUCCAGCCCUGAGGACGCACACACCCACGUGGACUUGGAUCCUGGCCCCUGUCCUCAAGCUGAUGAAGAAGUCUCUGCCCACCCUACCUCUGCCCACCCUCUGGCCCUACGGCCGAGAGCUGGGUGCUCUGGUUUGUGGUUUGGCUCUUGUCCUCCCUCCUUCCAGAGUGGAGCUGACCUUGCCAGCUUUGGGACAGGACCCUCUUUGAGAUGUGUUGGGGGUGUGGGUCCUCCCUCUAGGGGCUUCUCUGUCAGGUAGCUGAGGUGGUGACCUCUCACCUCGCAGGACCAGGGAGGUCUGAUAAGUGCCUGCACCAGGGUUUUGCAAUAAAGGGGGUUUCCUCUCA